GCCAAAGCAUAUAUACGCCUUCUUUAAAAAAUUUCGUGCCUGGUGUGAACCGAAGCAUUCGUCGCAGCACAAUCUUGUUAGUUCAACCAUGUUUAUUCACGCAUCCCUCCUCGCCUUGCUUCUCAGCGUCUUGUCGUUUGGAGCCUGUCUGCAACUUCUGGACCUAAACCCUGACCUGGGGCCUUUCCAGGACGAGUCAACGUGCUUCCCACUCGAGCAAUCGUGGCACCAGAUAUACAGAGACUUCGAGGAAGACCCUUACUUGGGAGGCAAGAGCAAGUGUGUCAAAGGCACUCAGACUGGAGAUUUUGUCGGUGAUUCGGCGGUGGUAAUAUUUGAAUACCCACCUGACGGAAUCAAAAAUACAACGUUCAAGCUGAUGUCUUCGCCUGGUUACACAGCAAAAAACGUUCUCAACGUGCAGCCCGUUGACAACCCUGAAUCCAGCAUAAAUCUCACAAUAGCCUAUCGGGACUGCCACUCGUGCAAAGUGAUACGGCACAGCUAUAUUAACGAAGGUAAAGGUUGCAGCUUGUGGGUGACUGGUGCUGAACUCGGCCAGCCCCAUGCAUGUUGCGAAUAUAUCUUCGAACUGCUCUGCGGAUUCCACCCUACCUUCCAGAUCUACGAUGAGAGCUGCCAAUAAAAAAUUCCCGCGGUGAUGCAAAACAUUGUUGUAUAAUAUGAGACAUCCGAAUACAGCAAAACGGUACUUUUGGACCUGAAUGCAAAAUCGCUCUCAAAGAUUCUGCCGUCUGUAUAUUUGUCAUGUAAUUACUUCUUUUUUUUUUGGAACCAAUUAAUCUGAAUCUGAAUCUGAAGCAUUUUAUAGCAGUCGAAUGCAAAACCAGCCUGCGAGAUUGCUCUCUUUUGAGAGCAAAUGGCAUAUAAUUGCAGUUCCUUGGAGAAACCUAUUUUCCUUUAAAGAUUGUGCUUACACAAUAUGCUUAGUACUAAAUUUUUUACUUACUUAAAUAUUGCCUAUUCAACCAUUACAAGGCAUUAGGUAAUGUGAUUGAGAAAAUAGAAAAUCAGUGUCAAAAUAGCAAAUCAUAUAUUGUACGGUUACCGGGUCCAUUUCACAAUAAAAUAAAGAAAAAAUUCUGGAAUGCCUAUU